UAGGGGAAAAAAAGGAGAAGCCAAACAAGCAAAAGUUUCCUCUGACUCGCGAAAAGAGGAGUCGACAUGGAUGAAAAGGAGCUGUUUGUGUGAAUAAACCAAAAGACUGACGAAAACACGCAGCACACGGUAAAAGAAUGAUAACAUAGCUAGCACUUUGUGUUGUGUUGUAUGAGAGGAAAACCUCAACUGUGGGAAAGUUUGAAGGCAGGGACCGCGGCUAUGGCGCGGGACAGCGAAGACCCCGGGAUGGCCAAAGCUCCAAAAGUCAAACGGCAAAGAAAGAAGAAACCCAAGGAGAACAAAACCCGGACUGUCCACGCGAACAUACUGUAUGACCACGCCAAAGGGGAGGAAAACCCAAACCGACACUAUGCAAACAACAAGAUUAAGACGACCAAAUACACAGUGCUGUCUUUCCUGCCAAAGAAUCUCUUUGAACAGUUUCAUAGGUUCGCCAAUGUUUACUUUGUUUUCAUCGCUUUGCUGAAUUUUGUUCCAGUGGUCAAUGCCUUUCAGCCAGAACUGGCCCUGGCUCCUGUAGUUUUUAUUUUGUCUGUCACUGCCAUCAAAGACUUAUGGGAGGACUACAGGAGACACAGGUCGGAUAAAGAAAUCAAUCACAUGGAUUGUCUGGUCUACAGCAGAGCGGAGAGACGCUAUGUGGAGAAAUACUGGAAGGAGCUGCGGGUGGGAGACUUCAUCAAGCUGCGAUGCAACGAGAUCCUCCCCGCGGAUGUUUUGCUGCUGAGCUCCAGCGACCCCGACCGCCUGUGCCACAUCGAGACUGCCACACUGGACGGAGAGACCAACCUCAAGCAGAGGCAGGUCGUCCGCAGCUUCUUUGAUCUGGAUUGUGAUUUUGACCCCUUGAAGUACAACGGCAUCAUUGAAUGUGAAAAGCCCAACAACGACCUGAACAGAUUCCGAGGCUACAUAAUCCAUCGAAGUGGCAGAAGAGAUGCACUUUACAAAGAAAACCUGCUGCUGAGAGGCUGCACCAUCCGCAACACAGAGGAGGCUGUGGGAAUAGUCAUUUACGCAGGUCAUGAGACCAAAGCCAUGCUAAACAACAACGGCCCGCGCUACAAGCGUAGUAAACUGGAGAGACAAAUGAAUGUAGAUGUGUUCUGGUGUGUCAUCAUCCUGCUGGUCAUGUGCCUGUUUACUGCUGUUGGUCAUGGGCUGUGGAUGUUUCAGUACGGAGAUAAGAGACCUGUGUUUGACGUUCUUAGUCCAGAGGGGACGGACUUAUCACCCAUCAUGUCAGCCAUUUAUCUCUUCCUCACCAUGAUCAUCGUCUUUCAGGUGCUGAUACCCAUCUCGCUUUUUGUGUCGAUUGAGAUCGUCAAGAUCUGCCAAGUGUACUUCAUCCAUCAGGACAUGGAUCUGUACGACGAGGAGACGGACUCUCACCUGCAGUGCAGAGCUCUUAAUAUCACCGAGGAUCUCGGCCAGAUGCAAUACAUCUUCUCUGACAAGACGGGCACUCUGACGGAGAAUAAGAUGGUGUUUCGCCGCUGCACUGUGGCAGGGGUGGAGUACUCCCAUGAUGCCAAUGCUAGAAGACUUGCUAUGUACCAGGAGAUGGAUUCUGAGGAGGAAGAGUGCACGUCUCACGGUGGCACUCUGCCCAGGCGGGACAGUGUGACCAGCCACCAGAGCGCCCGAGUGGUGCUGCGCUCCCACAGCACAAAGUCCCACCGCAGGACAGGCAGCAGGGCGGAGGCCAAGCGAGCCAGCAUCCUGUCUAAGCACACGGCCUUCAGCAGCCCCAUGGAGAAAGAUAUCACCCCCGACCCUCAGCUCCUGGACAAAGUCAACGAAUGCAGCAGUCAGUUGGACUUCAUGCGCUUCCACAGCCAGCCCGUGUCCCAGCUGCCCUCUGACCUCGCCGACAUCAUUGAUUUCUUCAUCGCUCUCACUAUCUGCAACACGGUGGUGGUGUCCUCCCCCAACCAGCCCAGGCAGAAGGUCCGGAUGAGGUUUGAGCUGAAGUCUCCAGUUAAGACCAUCGAGGACUUCAUAAAACGCUUCACCCCCAGCCGCCUGACCUCAGGCUCCAACAGCAGCAGCUCCUCCAGCCUCAUCACCAACCGCUCCUCCAACAAGGGAUGCUCCAGCUUGCUGUCCUCCCCGUCUGCAGAGAGCACGCUCACCAAACUGAACGAGGAGCAGCCUCACGGAGGCCUGGAGCACGCCUUCAGCACCAUGCCACCAUGCUACGACGGGAAGGGGUGGAACAUAGAGGAGGGCGAGCUGCGCUAUGAAGCCGAGUCCCCCGACGAGGCUGCAUUGGUGUACGCCGCCAGGGCCUACAAGUGCUCCCUCGUCGGACGCCUCCCUGACCAGGUGACCGUGGAGCUGCCACACCUGGGGAAGUUGAGUUUUGAGUUGCUGCACACACUGGGCUUCGACUCCACCAGGAAGCGCAUGUCUGUGGUGGUCAGACACCCUCUGACGGAUCAGAUCACGGUGUACACUAAAGGCGCAGACUCUGUCAUCAUGGACCUCAUCAAACCCCCCGACACAGGAAAUUCCAAAGGGAAACGCCAGAAAAAGAUUAUCAGCCGGACCCAGAACUACCUGAACCUGUAUGCUGCAGAUGGCCUUCGCACACUGUGCAUUGCAAAAAAGAUUCUGAGCAAAGAGCAAUAUGCCUGCUGGCUGCAGCGUCACCUGGAGGCUGAGACGGCCAUCCAGGGAAGAGAGGAGCUACUCUUUGACUCGGCCCUGAGGCUGGAGACAAACCUGCAUCUUCUGGGAGCGACAGGUAUUGAGGACAGGCUACAGGACGGCGUGCCUGAAACCAUAGCUUCUCUGCGAAAGGCCGGCCUGCAGAUAUGGGUGCUGACGGGCGACAAACAGGAAACAGCUGUAAACAUUGCGUACGCCUGCAAGCUGCUGGACCCUGAGGAGGAGAUCCUGACACUGAAUGCUGAUUCUCAGGAGGCGUGUGCGUUGUUGCUGGAGGAGAGUUUACACUACAUCCAGGCCAAAUUCCUCUGCAGCUCUACAGACCAUGCCGCCAAGGCCUUCCAGAGUAACUUUGCACCCUUUGAGAUCUACCCCUCCUCAUCCCCGUCCUCCUCCCACACUGCUCCCUUCAUGGUGCACCGGCUGGGCCUGGUGAUUGACGGGCGGACAUUGGCCUACGCCCUGGAUAAGAGUUUGGAGGAUAAGUUUCUGGCUGUUGCGCGGAGCUGCCGCUCAGUGCUCUGUUGCCGUUCCACGCCGCUGCAGAAGAGCAUGGUUGUCAAACUGGUGCGGAACAAGCUGAAGGUCAUGACUCUCGCCAUAGGUGAUGGGGCCAAUGAUGUCAGCAUGAUCCAAGUAGCGGACGUGGGUGUGGGCAUCUCGGGACAGGAGGGCAUGCAGGCGGUGAUGGCGAGUGAUUUUGCUCUCCCACGUUUCCGGUAUCUCCAGAAGCUCCUGCUGGUUCACGGACACUGGUGCUACUCACGACUGGCCAACAUGAUCCUCUAUUUCUUCUACAAGAAUGCUAUGUUUGUAGCGCUCAUCUUCUGGUAUCAGUUCUACUGCGGAUUCUCAGGUUCGGCCAUGAUUGAUCAGUGGUAUCUUAUCUUCUUCAACCUGAUGUUCUCCGCCUUCCCACAACUCAUCACUGGCACUCUGGACAAAGACGUGUCAGCAGAGACCCUCCAACAACUACCUCAGCUCUACGUGAACGGCCAGAACUCCGAGGAAUAUAAGCCAUAUAUGUUCUGGAUGAACAUGAUUGAUGCCUUCUACCAAAGUCUGGUCUGCUUCUUCAUCCCGUACUUUGCCUAUGCUGACUCUGAUGUCGAUCUGUUUACAUGGGGAACGCCCAUCACCACGCUAGCCUUAUUCACCAUCCUGGUCCACCUGGGCAUUGAGACCAAAACCUGGACCUGGACGAACUGGCUGUCUAUCGCCUUCAGUGUCGCCUUAUUCUUCACAGUGGCGCUGUGUUACAACUCCUCCUGUCCCACCUGCUACUCCCCCUCUAACCCCUACUGGACCAUGCAGAGGCUGCUGCAGGACCCCCUCUUCUACCUGCUCUGUGUCAUCACGCCUGUAGCAGCGCUGCUGCCCAGAUAUUUCUACAGGGCGUGUCAAGGCACGCUUUUUCCCAGCCCAGUCCAAGUUGGAAGACAGUUGGAUAAACUCCCCUCUGAAACCCGCAGGAACAUUCUGAGCCUCAGCAGGGUCAAGGUGGGGUCACCGCUCAGCCCCAAGCCUCCCUUCCUGUCCCUCACCAAGCCCUCCCCUAAAGGUUGCAAUAAAAAAGACCAGAGGAGCUUCCCCAGCUCCAAGACACAACAGGGGCCCCUUUUACAAACAGAUGAACAGGGCCAGAGAAGCCCACUGGGGCCAACAAACAGUGAGAGGGGCCUCUCAGAUCUCUACACAUUAGUUCCUACAGAAAAAGACACACUUCCUUACACCAAAGACGCUCCUAAGCUCUCGAGGGAGCCACAGCCUCCUCCCACCAAAGACUCCGAGUGUCUGGAUAAGACUUUAGAGGCGUCAGAUCUGAGUCUGUCCAGCUGGAUCACCUCCACGCCCCUGCUCUCACCGUCAGACAGCGUCCAGCUGAACCUGCCCCCUGACGGAGACUCGCAGUGUGUCAAAUACACGAGGAACUCAGAGGAAAGACUCCAGUCUGACCACAGCGUUCAUCCAGCACAGAGGACAGAGCAGGUGGCAGAACAGUCGCUGCACACCAUCUUGUGAUGUCUCACAGUCUUAAGUAUGUUACUCAGAUUUGCACGAUAGUUUUUUGAAAAUCUAAUUUUAUUGUAUUUUUCAAGGAGAUUCUUUUAUUAAAGAUGCAGAUAGGUACUUUAUAUUUUGGACGUUUCAAGCUAAAGAUAUUUUUGAGGUUUGGGAGAUGGAAGAACUGGAAUAUCUCCUCUUUUGUUUUUUAAAAUCUUGGAAAAUUUUUAUGUCAAAGAUGCAUCUCAGUAGAUGAUCAGGUUUUAUUGUAAAGACGAGCAGAGUAGAGACAUUCCACAGCUGGCCUAUUUGGGAGUUUUUAUUUUCUUUCUCUGAAAUGAUUCUCUGUUCGUUCUUUCUGCUUCACCUGUAAAUGCGUUAAGACCAGGAUCAGACGCCACCGCGGCCUUGAAUCAGUGUUGAUAUUCCUGAGAAGAGAUUUUUUUAUGUUUUCCACAGAAACACGUUUCAGUGCAGAUUCUCAAAGAGUUUUAUCUUUACGUAAACCGGUGGCAUUGGCUCAGCGCACGUUUCAGUCUUGUUGCUGGAUUUGCAACAUUUGUUUGCUAAAUUUUAAAGACUGAAUAGCGUGUUUACAGCUGUUCUGUCACAUAGUACAUUCCACUGAAUAGUUCCGAGAGCUGUUGACUUUAGAUAUGAUCAUGCAUUAUGAGCAUUUACCAAGAAAAUUUAAUUUUAGUCUUUAUACAACAACAAUCUACCAGUAAUGAUGCUCUGCUUGAGUGUGUGUGUUUGUGCUUGUGUGCGUGUGUGGCUGCGUCACUGUGUGUGUGUUGUUAGUGUGUGAGUGUGUGUGUGUUCGCUGACUCAUUGGAUCUGUUUUAACAGUGCCAGCCAGUUUCACAGUAAAAGAAUAGUUUGACAUUUUUAUUUACUUUAUUACAGAGAGUCAGAGGAGGAGAUUGAUACCACUCUCAUGUCUGGCCAUUUAAUAUGAAGCUAAUAGCAGGUGGCUCUGUCCUAACAACAACAAAAUCUGCCUACCAGCACAUCUAAGCUCAUUAAUUAACAUUUUAUGACUUGAUUGUUUAAUCCAUACAAAGACUUGAGUCUUGUUGUUGUCGUGAACCGGUGAAAACUCAAAGAAGUCACUGCACCCAGCCAGGAAAUAGUCAGACAUUUAAUCCCUGUAAAGACACAGAAUGUUGUGUCUAUGUGGCAUUUUUCAUACAUGUCAAUUAGUGGGCUUUAGGGGUGUUGUUACAUUUGCACAUUUCUAGGGUAUCUGUGUUUCUAAAGUGACGUAGUAUAUGACUGACUCUUCCAUCAGGAGGUGGAGGGGAUGAUAAAUGGCACCUAUGCAGAACGCCUGCCUUACUGCGGACCACAAAAGACCACUGUUCGAGACCAGCAAACAACAAAAGAAGUUGUUUUCUAGCGAGUUAUUGCUGCGUUUCCAGAGGCUCCAAAUGUGGGUGUUUUGUAGCAACCUGCCAGUGUUUUUCCACUGUUUUUUUAGGCGCCAUACGUGGAUGUUUUGUAGCGACCCAUCAGUGUUUUUUAGGCACCAAACACAGAUGUUUUGCAGCAACUCAUUGGUGUUUUUGUUUUUUUUUGUUUUUCCACCAAACGUGCAACGUUUUGUAGCGACCCAUCUGUGUUUUUCCAGCAGUUCUUAAGGCACCAAACAUGUUUUGUAGCGACUCAUUGGUGUUUUUUUUUUAUUUUUUAUUUUUUUUAUUUUUUUUUCACCAAACAUGCAACGUUUUGUAGCGACCCAUCUGUGUUUUUCCAGUGCUUUUUUUUUUCUUUUUUAAGCCACCAAACGUGACUGUUUUGUACUGACCUGUAGAUGUCUUUCCAGUUGUUUUUUAGGCGCCAAUCACGGGUAUUUUGUAGCAACCCAUCAGCGUUUUCCAGUAGUUUUUUAGGCACCAAACAUGAAUGUUUUGUAGCAACUCAUUGGUGUUUUUCAAGUGUUUUGUUUAGGUGCCAAACAUUGGUGUUUUGUUGCGACCCAUCAUCGUUUUUUUAGCCACUAAAUGUGACUGUUUUGUAGUGACCUGUGUCUUUCCAGUGGUUUUUUAGGUGCCAGACAUGGGUGUUUUGUAGCAACUCAUCUGUAUUUUUCCAGCGCUUUUUUAGCCACCAAAUGUGACUGUUUUGUAGUGACCUGUAGGUGUUUUGCCAGCUGGGAUAGCGGCACAAAAACCCAUAGUGACAUUAUUGCUUUUCCAGCAGGGACAGUUGGUUUUGUGCCUAAACAAAACAACACGUCAACCACAGCAUUAUUGAACUUAAAGUUUUAGCAUAUCUGCUGCAAAUGAGUAACAUGCAAAUAUAACGUAUCUGUGGUUUGCAGAAACGCACAAUUCUAACAUUUGCUCUGGUGAUUGGGUCGUGUUGUGUUUCCCAGUGGUUUUCAGUCUUUAUGCUAAGCUAAGGUCACCAUCUCCUGACUUCAUAUUGAGUUUACAGACAUGAGAGUGGUAUCAGUCUUUUGUUCUCAUUUUCAGUGAGAAAGCAAAUAAUGUUUCCUAGAAUCUGUAACUAUUCCUUUAAGCACUGUACCGUAGGUUGACAACAAGCUACCAUCACGUUUCAUAAACAAGUUUACUUGAAGGUCCUGUUCUAAGGUUUUUUUCAUGUGCUGAGUUUAUCUCAACAGUCUCAUCUUAUGUUCUGCUGGUGCUCAGCUGUCGACCAAAAAACUCUUUGGUGAAAGAAAGUCUUUCCCAAAUGUAAAAGUUGCGGCUUUAAGAUUUAAACUUGCACUUUGAAAGCAUUAUUUUAAAAUUGCUGUAGAGUAUUGUUGCUGAUGGCAUCAUGUUCCCUGCUCAGACGCAGUUUUAUUUCCUCAUGAUGCACUCGACAUCAUGCACAGACUAACUAGUAAAAGUAUGGAGAAUUGGAAAGAUGCUACAGUGCAAUUAUUAAGCAUUUAAAGCAGCAGCACCUUUAAUAUUUUAUGAUUGUUGUAUCUCUUGUGUCAUUGCAGUACAUUUUUAUAAAGUGUAUCAUUUACCAAAGAUCAUUUAUAUUUCUGUAUUUUCGAAGCAAUGUGCCUUAACACUGGAUAAGAAAUUACAAGUCUAAGAGUUUGCUCACGAUGCUGAAGCUGUAUUUGUUUAAAGAUGACGCUGCAUCUUUGUUCAAUGAGGAGCAUCUUGUGUUGAUGAUAUUUAUGAGGCUACAUGCGAUGUGGUUUCUUCUCCACCUGUCUGUUUUUGCACACAGUGCCUUUUUUCUGGCAUGUUGUUCACAUUCUGACUCUGCAGUCUGUCCACUUUGUUUUAUGGGUUCUGUCUGUUCUGUGCUUUUGGCGUCACACUUAAUGUGCCAGACUGAAGCUCGAGUGUAUUCACUGCUGAAUUUCAACACUUCUCACAGAUUCCACACGGGAACCUUCACCCUCGCUGCACACUGCACGUUAUCUGAGCUCCAUUUGUUGGGUUUUUCAUUUGUAUUUUGGUUACAAGGUAGGCCUCCUGUAAGCUUCACAGUUUGCAUUGUAGAUGCAACACAUUAUCUGCUGUUAAAUCACAGAGUGCUACGGAAGCCCCUGAGAGGCAUGUAAGAAAGAAAUAUUGUGGUGAUCCAUUUUCUGAAUUGUUUACUCUCCUGUGUUUAUGACUUUAAGGUCCAGUGUGCAGGAUUUAGGGGGAUAUAUUGGCAGAAGUUAGAUAUAAUAAGUACAUUUUCUUAAGUGUAUGAUCACCUGAAAAUAAGAAUCCUGUUUUUGUUACCUUAGAAUGAGCUGUUUAUAUCUACAAAGGGAGCAUCUCCUCGUCAGUGGAGAUUGCCAUGUUGCACUGCCAUGUUUCUACAAUAACCCAGAACAGACAAACCAAACGCCGGCUCUAGACAGGGCCAUUCGUAUUUGUGUGCCAACCAGAGUUCGCAGACCCUCUGUGACGAGCAGUGUCAGGAAAACACUGAUUUUUGUAACUUGAAACUGCUUUAUUCAGUGUUUUUACCAGUUUAAAUCUCCUGGUCUGUUUGUUUUAGAGAGGAAGAGACACCUACAGAGAAUUUAGCUGCUGGUAAAAACCUCCUGAACGUCUGGAUCAGAAAAAAGGUGAUAGUAGCCUGUCUGCAAAGAGCCAAACGGCAUAGAAGAAACACUGAUUUGUAACAUGACACUGCUUUAUUCAGUGUUUUCUUUUCAGGGGUUUUAAUCACCUGGUCUGUUUGUUUUGGCGAGGAAGAGACCUCUGCGGACAAUUCGGCUCAUGUUAGAAACCUCCUAAACGCCGAAGGACUGGUUGCAAUCUGCAGUCCUCACAGCUGUAUGCCACUAAAUCCCCCUAAAUCUUACGCACUGGACCUUUAAGAGAAAAUGGAAAAAAAAAAAAGAUUCCUUUAAGUUCCUUUUUUAUCAUCUGUAAAACAGGUGGGAUAAAAAGUUUUUCUAGGAUUUCAGUUCUCAAUAGGACUAAAAGCAUUCAUGUUUUCUGCCAGCUGAAAGACACGACAGUGAUGUUACAUAACGUGUUGGCAUGAGUACGGAGGAAUUCAAAUUCACUUGAAAGAAAACAUCCAUUUUUAUCUGCUUAUCCGGGGCCGGGUCGCUCUCGGGCAGCAGGCCAAGCAAAGCACCUCAGACCCCUCUCCCCAGCAGCGCUUUGAAAGAAAACAUGAACGCUUUUAGUCCUGUUUAGAACAUUGGGUAGUGGCACACUUGUCCCUCUUGUGGCCAACGUGAGUAUUACAAUAAAAACAAAAACGCCUGCCAAAUGUUUUCCCCAUCUGUUUUCACAGAUGAAAAAAAGUAACUUAGAAAAAAAUUAUCCCGGUAAACCUUUUUUUUCUCCCACCUGUUUGACAGAUGGAAAAAGGGAAUUUAGAAACAUCCUGGUAAAUCCUUUUUUCACCUGUUCACAGGAGAAAAACAAUUUAGAUCAAACUAAGAUGCCUCUCAGGGCAGAGUUCAGUAUCGUGCCUUGGUAUCAAUCUAGAUAUGUAGUAGACACAAGAUCACACAGAGUACUAAAAUCUGCAGCCCACAUCAGCAACAAACAUCAAUUUGGGAAAACUUUAGGUUUUAAAUAUUCACAUUGUUCUUUCAGUUCUUUGUCUUUGGAGUAAUUGGAGGUUACUAGUACCGUGGCUACUUGUGAACAAAAUAAAAAUGAUAAUAAUAAAGUAUUUAUCCUUUGCUACCUGUUUGUCUGUUCAGGAAAAUGUACUCUUUGCUUAAUAAAAUG